AGUUAGGCGGCAUGAGGGAUAAUGGUGAGUCGUCCGAGUCAGAGAAAAGUUGGGGCUCUGAGGACGAACCUGCCAAUGAACACCCUAGCAGAGUUGCUACACGCGGGAGACAUGUCCCGCCAGUUCAGCAGAUUCAACCCGAAUCGGAACCCAGUAUGGACUGUUCGGAACCAACGACAACAGAUCCAUUAGAGGAGGAGGAGGACCCAUGGUCCGGGGGGCAAGACCCUUGGGCAAAUGGUAGGGAUCCGUGGAGUGGUGGUGGAAGUCAGGGUGGAAGUGCCAAUUCCACGGCACCAGAUCCACGGGAUGGCCAGGAUCGAUUGGCCAAGCCAAAUCCGGGAGCGCAGGCUGGAGAUCCCUGGGACAACGGAAAUGAUCCGUGGUCAAAGGGCAGAACAAAUGGCAAAGGCACAGCGCCUGCAUCGACAGUGCAAGGAAAAGGAACAGGAAAAGAAUCCUCUUCGACAGAGGACCCGUGGACUCGCAAUGACCCGUGGGCGGAGGCUGCAGCAAAGGGGCAGCAAUCACACACAGGGGGCAAAGGAGCACGUCCCAAGCCUCCGCCCCCGAAGCCUCCGUCUUCAGACGGUGAAGAGCCGCAGAAUACACGGUCUCGAACUGCAAGCGGUGUUGGGACCGCGGGCCAAUCUCGGCAGAGAGGAGUUGAUGGGGAGAAGAAAGUCGACUAUCUCGACUACGCGAAGAGGUGCUUUCGACUUGGAGCGGCUCAGAGUCGUUGCUGUGCGGUCGAGGUUCAGCCUAACAAGAAGAUCACCCUACCGGGCUUCCUUCGAUGCGAGUUGGGAGAAACUCUCUUGCUGCGAUUCGUGAGGGAUGACUUCGCACUGCUGGAAGACUUCCCAUCGAAGACAGGCCAAAGAAUGGGGUAA